CCAAACUAGGCUAAUCAAUGGAAAUAUACACAUUCUAGAAGGAAUCGGGUAAAUGACAUAAGGAAGGGGGACAAGUUUGGGAUUGAGACAAAAAGUAGAGAGAAAAGUGUACAUUUUUGGAAACUGGAGGAGCGCGCGAACGAACGAGACAUCCCACAGCCAAAAAGCAAGCCGCGGCUACUUAUGGAGAUUUAGAAGAAAGAGAGACAGACACAGAGCAUACAGUCCCUGUAUUGAGAGAGGUGAGAGGGCCUCGUGAUUCCGCCUUUCUGUUUUUCACUUUUUUAUUUUUAUGUUUCUCUUUAUCAUUUAUCGAAAUCCUUUCUUUCCCCUCACUCACUCCUCCCUCACUAUUUUUCCUUAAUCGCUCUAUAUAAGUAGUACACUUCUCUCUUUCCCUCUUGCUUUCACUCAAAUUUUUUUCCUUGAUUUUUGGUGUGGGGUAUUUGUGGGGAGAGGAGCAGUAGGAAUACUUAUUGUGCUAUUUACUAAAGACAGAUACACAAAGCAGUAGACAAUGUCUGCUUACAGAGACAAAGAUCCUCGUAUCCAUGGCAUCCAAACCACCAUUCGGGUUGUCCCCAACUUCCCCAAGCAAGGAAUUAUGUUUCAAGACAUCACGACUCUGCUACUGGACCCCAAAGCAUUCAAGGAUACGAUCGAUUUGUUCGUUGAGAGAUAUAAAGACAAGAACAUUUCAGUUGUUGCAGGGAUAGAGGCUCGGGGUUUCAUUUUUGGCCCACCGAUAGCAUUGGCAAUAGGAGCAAAGUUUGUUCCCUUGAGAAAGCCCAGGAAGUUGCCAGGUGAAGUUAUCUCAGAACAGUAUGAGUUGGAAUAUGGAAGGGACUGCCUUCAAAUGCAUGUUGGAGCAGUUGAACCUGGUGAACGUGCUUUGGUUGUUGAUGAUUUGAUAGCAACUGGGGGCACUCUUUGUGCUGCUAUGAAAUUAUUAGAACAAGUUGGGGCAGAAGUUGUUGAGUGCGCCUGCGUUAUUGAGGUACCAGAUUUAAAGGGUCGGGAGCGCUUGAAUGGCAAGCCAUUGUAUGUACUGGUGGAAUCUCAUUAAUUUGAGGCAUGGAAAGGGCUAACCGCUUGCCACUCUUCCUUUAGAAUCUACUCUUCAUUUUGAUAAAUCUCUGGGGAUUUAAAAGACCAUUGUUUCAGGUAGUAGCAAAGAAUCAUUGAAAUCAUGAUAUAUAUAAGCCCAUCCUACUCUUCAUUUACAUAAUAUUGUAUUGUUUUCUGGUUUUACUCAAAUUUUCAACUCUAAAGGGCAACAUACUAUCAAAAAUAAAAUAGGGACAGCAAUUUAUUCUUCAAGUAUCAGAUGGUAUAGGCAGGAUUCAAAACAGAGUCUUGAGUUUUUCAGUUCUCAUAGGAGAUGUGACCAUAGUUCAUUUGUCAAGCUUUCAAUUUUCUCUGGGGGAAGUAAUGUUAAAAGAUUUGUCAUUGUAGUAACGGAUGGGGAGAAGUUGCAGUCUAGUUUUCUUGAUUUGAUCCCUGAAAUUAAAUUUCAUUCAGGUAGCAGCUUUCAUUGAAUUCUUUUCAGGGCAGGGUAGGUAGGCAAUCAAAGCUUGCAGGCAAA